GUUAGGUUGGUAGUAACGCUGGCAUUUAUUUGUGAGUGUAAUGGUAGGGACUUGCGAGUGGGCAGUUAAAACUUUUGAAUUUGUGCUGAUUGUCAAAACAAAAGUUAGAAUCUGAUGUGUCUAGUUUAAUGAAACCGUGUACGAGAAGUUCUUGUGUCUAUCAUGCCCAGACGCAGUAAAAAAUCUCCAAUGGAUAUAUCAAUGGAUCCUGUGUUGCAAGAUUACAAUGUUAGUACAUCUUUGGAAGAUAAAAACACAGAUGCCAUGCCUCCAUCUGAUUCAUCUCUCUUUGAACGAAUUGCUGAUUUUGAGUGUGAUUUACCUGAUGUUACCUUAAACAACACAGACAGUAUUAAUGUAUCGUCAGGCCCAUAUCCACCUGAUUCCACUAUUGUAGACUUAGGAAAACAAACUAGAUCUGUAUUUAAAAAACCAUUUAAUACCAGGACAAGACCAAAGCGAGCUAAGCCGAGGCCUAGUCUUUUUGAGUCAGACAUUAAAGAUUCUGAAACAGACAGUCCUGAAAUCAAAGUACGACGUCCAUUUCAAAGAAAAACUAAACCCCUUGCAGUUGUAAAUUGUUUUGAAAUUGAUUCCUCAAAUGAGAGUUUUAAUAGUCCAAUGCCUGCUCCUUCAAAAUUUAUAACCAGGAGGAAGACAAGAAAUACGAAAUGUGUUAAGAAUGUUUCAUUUGACAAGGACCUCAUUUCUUCAGAAAGUGACACUUCAUUUAUAAAGCCUGUGUUAUCAAAACGUAAAAUGAAAUCUAAAGAAGUAAAUACUGCAAUUUUUGAUGAUGUGUUUCAUGACACACUAAAUGGGACUCAAAGUGAUACAUCAUUUUCUCAGCAAGUACCUUUUAAAAGCUUAAAAAAGAGGGAGACAAAUGUUGAUCCGAAUUUGUUUGAUAGUGCCUUAAAUUCCUCAGAUUCACUUCAGCAGUCACUCAAUACAACACCAACAGAAAUAUGUGGUGAUAAACAUUCUAUUUUAGUAGAAAAUGAUCACUGUCAAGAUAUUAAAGAAAACCCUGAAUCAUUAGUAUCAAAGAGAAAUUCUUCAGAAGAAAUUAACGAUAAAGAAUUUACUUUACAGAUCAAUGAAGAAAUUUCAAGCUGUUCCAACACAUCAAAUUGUAUGAAAAAUAAUCAUAUUAAUAUCAAACCCGUAGAAAUUGAGGGUACUUAUUUAGUAAAUAAUUCAAUGAAAAAUGACACGAGUGUAAGAGCAAAGGAAAAAGAAUAUUCUACUUCUGAAAAUAAUGAAAACUUAAAAGAAAACUGUGAAUCACUAUUAGUGAAAGGAAAUACAUCAGAAGAUAUUAAUGAUAAAGAUAUUACAUUACAAGCCAUUACUAAAAUCUCAAGCUGUUCCAACACAUUAAAUUGUACUGAAAAUAAUCAUACUAAUACCAAAACCCCAGAAAUUGGAGAUAGUUAUUUAGUAUGUAAUUCAAUGAGAGAUGACACCAGUGCUACACCAGAAGAAAAAGUAUAUUCUACUUUUCAAAAGGAUGAAAAUUUGAAUGAAUCAAAAGAAAAAGAGCGCAACUCAAAACUGUUUGAAGAAAUGUCUAAAACUGAGCAAUUUGGCAUGGUCAGACAUAAUGAUGUUAACAUAAGCGUUUCAUCAAAAGUAGAAGAAAAAGAAAUGUCUUGUAGCAAAAAGUUAGCUCAUAACAACAAAGUUCCUGAUAUAUCUCCUACAUAUAAUGGGAAAUCAUCUGACCUUGUACAAGUAAGUGAGACAAGUAAUAAUUUAUCACUGCAAAAUCAAAAUAUGGAAAGUUUGAAUAAAAAUAUUUCAACAGAAAAGGUGUCUUGUGAAAAUGUAGGUAGAAUUGAACAAAAUUAUGACUCUGGUACUGGAGAUAACGAACAAGUAAAUAGUGAUUUGAACUAUACAGCAGAAGAUAAAACAAUAUCUAUGUCUAAAAAUGUAUCUGAGGGUGAUAUGUCUAUUUAUGAAGAUGAAAAGGGACCUGAAACAAUAACUAAAAUACCUGAAGAUGAAAUUGGCAGAUGCCAUUUAGAAUGCAAUGAAAAUGCUGAUAUAAUGGGUAGUCACAUUUUCGAGACAAAUAAAAAUUCAUUAAUGAACACCAGUGAAAUACGGUCUGAAAUAGGUCUAAAUGUAAUAUCUCAGGACAGGAUUAGUAUUCUAGCCUCUAGACGGAAAAGUUCAUUAAAGAGAACUACUUUAGAUAUUUCGAGCAAUAGAAAUGGGUAUGGAAAUGAAAAACGAGUUAGCUUUGAUUUGAGAAAUGAAAUACAAUCAGAGUUAACCCCCAAUAGUAGUUUAAAUGAAGAAAAUACAUCUCAGAUAAAUUCUGGAUUUUCAUUUGAUUCAUUGGUAAUGAAAAGUUCCUUUGAUGAUGUCAGUUCAGAAUCAGAAUUUAUUGAUAUACAUCCAAGUAAAAGUAAAAGUUCAUCUUAUAGCUUAAAUGUAGAUUUCAGUACUGCACAUUCCAACAAAAUUCAAAAGGCAUCUGAAAACAAAACCGUAAGCAUUACUUCAAAACACGAUAAUACUUCUUCUGAUGAUGACAAACAUGAAUGUCAAGAAGUACAAAUAGUUACAGAUGUGGAAAAAGUAAAAGAGAAUACCCUAAACAUUAAAGAUGAUACAGAAGAGGAUGAAGUUGAGAAUGAGGAAGAAGACGAUGAAGAAGAACCAGAGGUGGAUGAAGAAGAUGAUGAGGAAGAAGUGGAGGAAGAAGAGGAGGUGGAGGAAGAGGAGGAGGAGGAGGAGGAGGAGGAAGAAGAAGAAGAAGUUGAUGAGGAAGUAGAAAAUGAAAUGGAGUCAACAAUUGAAAGAAGUGAACACCCUGAUACAAUGAGAGCCAUAGUUGGGUCCAAUGCCAGUUCGAAAGAAAAGAAUGAAACUAUAUUACAGCAUGAUUCAAUUGAAAGCCAAGAAUAUCUACCAGUGCAAAAUGAAAAUUCACAGUCUGAUUGUAAUAGAAAAGUUGAACUCCAAAAUGUGUCAAAAAAUAAGCAAAAGAAAACAACUGAACAUAAUGUAUUCAGAGUGCCACACCCUGUACCUUUACCCAAAAGGAAAUUGCAAAAAAUUCUUGAUAAAAUUCCUAUUUCGGAGCUAAAAAAGAAAAGAAAAAAGGUUAUACCAGACUUAACUAGAGAACAGAUGCAACAAAAUGAAAUUGAUGAAGCAUUGACUAAACGAAAAAAACAGGGGUCAUUAUUAACUAAAAGACCCUCAAACAAACUUAAAAUGCCAAAAAAAUGGGUUGCUCCUGGAAUUUAUGAUUUGAUAAUUGAGAAACUUAAGUGUAGGUAUGGUAUUCGCUCACAUGUCCAAGCUGAAAAAGUGGUUCUUAAUCUGGUUGAAUAUGUUGGCAGGGUAGUAAAAAGUAAUGAUGAAUAUUUUUCAAUUGUUGAUGAAAUGAAGAAAGAACUAGCAAGUUUAGGUAUUGUAAACACUCACUGGGAGUUUUACAGACUUGCUUCAAGAUACUUUACUGGUGAUUUUUUUGAUAAAGUAUAUAUGAGUGGUAUCAAGAAUCCUUACGAGCCUGACAAUAUUUUUGGUACUAUUUUGUGAAUAUAUAUGGCUAAAGCUGUGGUUUCAUUGAGUGUAUAUAGUUAUUUUUAUUGUAAAUGUGUAUGAAACUGAAUUUAAUUAUAGCUUCCUUAUGCUGUAAGUCAGAACAUGUUUUAUAUAGAUUGUCAUAACAUUUUUCACUAUUUGUGGAAUUAUGUAAUUUAAGUUGCUGAAUAAAAAUGUAUUAUGUUAAAGUUCUAUUUUUAGCAAAUUUAUAAACAAUUUUAAAUUGUU